AGAGGAGCAAAAAGAAGAAGCAGAGAACAAAUAUAUCAAAUUAAAGGCAAUGGAGAAAAAGAAAGAGAUAGCCAUCAUUGGAGCUGGUAUUAGUGGCCUUUUAGCCUGCAAAUACACGCUAGCUAAAGGGUUCAAUCCUAUAGUCUUUGAAUCCACAAACAAUGUUGGAGGAGUGUGGAACAAGACAUGCGAGACUACAAGGCUUCAGGGUCCCAAACUAGGAUUUAUGUUCUCCGAUUUUCCAUGGCCGGAAUCAGUCACCGAUGAAUUUCCUAGGCAUGAUCAAGUUCUCAAUUACCUCGAAGCAUAUGCAGACCAUUUUGACUUGCUCAAGCACAUCAAAUUCGACAAUAAAGUCGUGGGGAUUGAAUACCAAGGUCCUUCUGAUGGAGAGAUCCAAUCUUGGAGUCAAUGGAGUGGCAAUGGUGAGCCGUUUAACUCCAAAGGGAAAUGGAGAGUUGAAGUAGCAGAUACCAAAAACAACUCAACUCAGGUUUAUCAAGUGGAUUUUGUGAUACUUUGUGUGGGGAGGUUUAGUGAGCUUCCAAAUAUUCCACAAUUUCCCCCAGGUGAAGGACCUGAAGCAUUCGAUGGAAAGGUUAUUCACUCCAUGGACUAUUCUGCCAUGGACGAUGCUAGUGCUGCUGAACUUGUCAAAGAUAAGCGAGUUGCUGUCGUGGGAUUCCAGAAAUCUGCUACUGACAUUGCAUUAGAGUGCUCAGCAGCAAAUGGAGUCAAGCAUCCAUGUACAGUUCUAUACAAGACUGAGCACUGGAACUUGCCUGAUUUGUAUCCAUGGGGAGUGCCUUUGUUUCUUCUGUACUUCAAUCGCUUCGCAGAGCUCAUGGUUCAUAAGCCUGGUGAAGGUUUCCUGCUUAGCCUUUUGGCAACAUUCCUUGCACCUCUGAGAUGGGCGCUCUCAAAAUUUGUUGAAAGCCAUAUUAAGAGGAAGUUUAGGUUGGCCAAGUUUGGGAUGGUGCCUAAACAUAGCUUUCUUCAAGACAUUAAUUCUUGUUUGAUUGCAACACUACCUACAAAUUUCUAUGACAGAGUUGAAGAGGGAAGUAUUGUAUUGAAGAAAUCUCCAGGCUUUAGCUUCUGCAGAGAAGGCAUUAUGGUUGAUAAUGACAAUACACCUCUCAGGACAGAUUUGGUCAUAUUGGCUACAGGAUAUAGAGGUGAAGAAAAACUCAGAAACAUUUUUGUGAACCAAGCCUUCAAAGACUCUAUACUUGGCUCCCCAAAAGAAGCAGUGCCUUUAUACAGGCAAUGCAUUCAUCCGCGGAUUCCACAACUUGCUGUGAUUGGUUUCUCAGAAGCUGGUUCGAAUUUGUUCACUUCGGAGUUGAGGUCUCGAUGGGUAGCAGAACUUCUUGAUGGGAAAAUUAAACUGCCUAGAAUUAUAGAGAUGGAGAAAGAGGUGUCACAAUGGACCGGAUACUGGAAACAAUACUCUGGACCAUACUAUAGGAGGUCAUGCCUAACUGCCCUUCACAUUUGGUACAGUGACCAAUUGUGCAAGGACAUGGGAUGGAACCACAAAAGAAAGAAGGGAUUUCUUGCUAACCUUCUUAUUCCUUAUGGACCAACGGAUUAUGCUUCACCUUAAGGUAACCAAGGUCGAACCGAUGAUUGAUUUCAAGGUUUCUACAAUCCAACCUCAUGUUUCAGAUCCACAGCAACUGCAUCGCAAGAAUACAAGCCAGAUAAACCAAUAAACACUAGUAUUGUUUUUUUAAUUUUCUGUCUUCUUAUGAAUGUACUCAAUCAUUAGAAUUGAAAAGGACUGGCUUUCAUCCCAUUGUUGCC